UUGUAUGAAUCUUGAAGAGGUUCCUCAUUCCCUGGAAUUUCUCAAAAAGCUUUGUUCAGUAAAAUUGACUAAUUGUAAACGGCUCAAGAGGUUUCCAGUUCUGUGCAUCGAUUCCCUUGAAUAUCUGAAUCUAGAGGGGUGCUCUAGUUUAGAAAAUUUUCCAGAAAUCCUCGGAAGCAUGAAAGUGAAGUCGGAUAUUCACAUGUUAGACAGUGUGAUGAGGGAUCUAAAUUCCAUGUAUCUUUCACUUCCACGUUCCUUGUCUCAGGGUAUCGUUUCCUUGCCGAAUGCCAUCUCUGCUUCAGAUUCCUUGUCACAAAGAGUGUUUACCAUUGUGCAUGGUGGGAGUAAGAUCCCAAGUUGGUUUCACCAUCAGGGAAUGGAUGAAAGUGUGUCGAUCGAUUUGCCUGAAAAUUGGUAUGUAAGUGAUAAUUUCUUGGGAUUUGCUGUAUGUUACUCUGGCAACCUAAUUGACAUCUCAGUUGACUUGAUUCCCUUGUGUGAUGAUGGGAUGACCCAGAAGCUAGAAUUAUCCACCAUUCCAAAUUAUGAUUCAGAAUCAUCCGACGGUUUAGAAUGUGGUACUGAACCUACUAUUCAUUUUUUCUUGGUACCUCUUGCUGGCUUAUGGGAAACAUCUAAGGCAAAUGGAAAAACACCAAAUGAUUAUGGGCUUAUUACAUUAUCGUUCUCCGGAGAUAUGAAGGAGUUUGGAUUUCGUUUGUUGUAUAAGGAUGAACCAACAGAACAUUGCAUUGGGACAAAGAGGAACAGAUAUGACGAUAGUGAACACCAUGAUGAAGCAAGCUGCUCCUCUUCUAAGAAACAAAGGUCACAUUUCUAAUAUUCAUUGGAGCUGUCUUUGAGAAUCUGCAGCAACAACCAGUCUCUUCAGAAACUUUGCAGCUCUUUCCCCGAAGCGCAGAAUUUUGGCUUAAAUUUAGGAACUCAUCAAUGGGUGAUGGACAUAUCAACAGUGAGUUUUGUCGAUUGAUUCUCCAUCUUGUGUUAAGCCAUGAUUAACCAUGGUGAGUUAAAGGAUGUAAACAACUUUAUUUUUUCCAUACUCAAAUCAGAUCCUCGAAUCAUUCAAUCUUCACUAAAUUCUUACCUUGAAGUACUCACAAGUGAAGAUUUUUUUUCCAGAUAGGUACUCACAAAUCAAGAAUUUGAACAUGAAAUUAGUGAACAUUUAAAGGGUCGUUUGGUAUGGGAAUGGGACAGACAAAGAUAUCUCAUAGGUUGGGAUAUCCCAAGGGAUUAGUUAACCCCCAUUUAUAUGGGAUAACUUAUUCCAUCGUUUUAGUACAAAUGGUGGAUACAUAAUUCCGGUACUAACUAAUACCCUUAACCAAACAUAGAAUAAAAAAUCCUGUAUUUUAUCCUGGUAUUAUUAUCUCUUAUCCCUCAUACCAAACGACCCCUCAGAGUAUUGGAAACAAAUUUCUCUUCAAUUCUAUGUUAUACUCAAAUUUGUUUUUCAACUUGUUCAUUCGUGGUUCUUUUUACGAUUUAUUUGGCUCUAAAGUGAUUCUCUGAAAUCAAGUAUUUUUGGUUUCUUUAUUUAUUUCACACACCUUUUUCAGUGAAAAUGAAGGACUAGGAUUUCCCCUUGGAAUCAAUUAUCAUAUUUGUUUUGAAGCAUCAUUUUUUUCUUAGCAGAUGAAUUCUUCAAUUGCUAUUUCUUUGUUCAAAUUGGGCAAUCGGAGUUUUUGAUAAGGACGUAUAUCUAAAACCUCUUUGACUUUGCUGUGUGAUGUAUGAGCAUCAAUCCCCUAUAGUCGGCAAAAACUGAAAUAGUUCUCAGCUUAAUUUGUAGAUGCUUCUAUAUCAGCAUUAAUUUCUCAAGCCUGUGCAGCUGCUGAGGAGUUUAUGCAGCAGUUGCUACAGUGAACUAAGCAGGAGCAAGAGACUGAAGAUGUUGACGAAGUGAGCACUCUGGAUUUAAUUUAUAGAACUAAAUUUGAAUGAUACAGAUGCUUACUAUUGUGAUGGCUAUCUUAUCCGAAAGAACCAACUCUUGUGUACUCUUCAUCAGAAACUGAUGUUCACCAUGUUACUUGCGAAAUAAUUUUCAUUUUGAAAAAACCAGAAGUUUCUUAAACAUUACAUAACUUUAAAAGCUUUAUAUGGGAUGACUCAGUUUAACACUUUUAGUCCCUCUAUCC